UNGUAAUCAUUGAUGAUGGUUUUCAAGGAGUUUUACCAUUCAAGAGAAGCAGCAGGCAUUCCCAAGCACUGUACUCAUGAAAUUGCAAACUUUGAGUACUGUGAUAAAUAUGGGGACAAUGUGGGGUUCCCACAUACAGAAGAAUGGAGGAAAGAACUAUGCUUAUCAGCUAUAAUUAAUGCUGAUGUGAACUUGGAGACUUACAGAGAUUUGUGGGAUGAUCAUGACCUACUCCAACAGGCCCUUCAAAGUCCUCACUUCACUCAACUUGGACUUCAAGAUUCUCCACUGUAAAGCCAAAAAUUAAAUAUAAAAAAAUAUCAAUCAAAGAAAAUUUUGCAUGAUUAGCUCUAAAUAAUUUGUUUGUGUAUUUUUCUGUUUUUGAACCAUUGGAAAAGAGAAAGGAGAUUGAUUGAGAAGAAUAUUGGGUUUGAUACAGAGAACAAGAAUGAUUUUUGUUUGUAUUUUUGUUGCAAUUUCUUUGUUUUGUGAUUAGCUUCUGUUCUGGGGAACUCUACAUAACAGAGUUGGCUAAGUGGAGAAUUUCUUGAACAAUUAGAGAAGAAAAGCAAUUGUAUACAAUUACCAAUUCCUAAA